UCCUAUAAAUUUGAAGUAUGCAACCAACCGUACAUUGAUUGGUUGGUAACGUAUGUUUAUAAUAAUCUAUUAAAAACGUGAUACUGCUAAAAGUCAAGUGCAUCUCUCAUCAACCAUGGGUGACUCUGCUCCACCGUUUUCGAACGAAGAUGUGCAGAAGCUCUGCGAAAAACCGGAUAACAGCACAAAGGAGUUCAUAUUCCAACAAACGAUGUACCGCAUCAAGGAUCCACGCAAAACCGUUCCAUUCUAUACCGGCGUUCUGGGUAUGCAACUACUGCAGAAAGUCGAUUUCCCCGAGAUGAAAUUCUCUCUGUAUUUCGUCGGUUACGAGAACGACGCUGAUAUGGAAGGCGAAUUGGGUUCGAAGGAACGCACGCAAUGGACGCUCGGCCGAAAAGCCACACUGGAAUUGACGCACAAUUGGGGUAGCGAGGACGACGACAACUGCAAGUAUCACGUGGGCAAUUCGGAGCCGAGGGGAUUCGGACACAUCGGUGUGAUGGUGCCGGACGUGGAGAAGGCGUGCGAGAGGUUCGAAAAGUUGGGCGUGAAUUUCAUUAAGAAACCGCAGGAUGGAAAGAUGAAGACGAUCGCGUUCAUCACCGAUCCGGAUGGAUAUUGGAUCGAGAUCUUCAACAACGCCACCGUUUGAUUUAACGUUCAGAUAAAGUUUAUUAUUAUAACA